AUGAAGACUCAGUCAAUUCUCUCUCUUGCCCUUGCAGUCCUGGGCACAGCAGCACAGGAUUCCUCGCCGUUCUCCAUCUUCAACCAAACAGGCCGACUUCCCGAUGGCUGCAUCGAUGGCUACUUUGCCGGCUCAGACACUGUCCUGUACACGGUCCCAUAUACAUACUCACAGGUUCUCUCAAUCAUUGGAUCUUAUAAGAACCUGACUUGGUCGGGCAAUCCCGAUGAGACAGUCUCUUUAAAUGGUACCGACAACAAGGUUGGGACUGCGAGAACGUACGAGGCGAGCGGCGCCCAUGUCGUCGAAACCAUCACGGUCUAUGACAAGCCUGCGGUUGGUCCGUACGAAGAGAUCCAUACCCUAGCACCAUUGUCAAUUCCCACAUACAACGUCAGCUUUUACGCGGACUACGAUGGUACGACUGCGACCCCCACCUGCAAUGGCGCAGCUACUGCUUUCAACUUCACCAUCAAUUUUUGCGCAACGAGCGUGUCGACAGCAACAGCCAUUCUCCACAUGCUACAUAUGACCGAUGCGCAGACUGUUGGGGUCUUUUUGGGCAACCAGAACUUCACAUCCUGUCCGGCCAUCAACUCGACGUCAGCAAAUGAUACUGCAAGAGCUAGCACAUUGAGCAACAUAACGACGGGGAUGGGCUCAGGAUCGACUCCCAUAGCAUUCGCAGGUGGUGCAGGGGCCCUGUCGGCAAGCUGGGUCCUGGAUUAG